AUGGCUGACCCAAGCUCCAUGGUGAAGCCCAAGGCCGACUCGACUGCUGCUGUCAGCUCAGACUCUGCAGCAGGCACGAGUCUGUCUUUCGCGCAGGCGAUUGAGCAAACCACUGCCGAGGCGGAAUCGAAUAUAUUCAUUGCCGCCCAGCGGGGAGAUAUUGCCCUAAUACGGGACCUGAUUGAAUCGGGUCGUGCCACAGCUACCGACCGAGACGAGCAGAACAUAACGCCGCUACAUUGGGCUGCAAUCAAUGCGCAGGUCGCGACCUGUAGAUACCUCUUGGAGCAGGGCGCCGAGGUGGAUGCUCUUGGAGGUGAUCUGGUCGCAACACCCAUGCAGUGGGCUGCGCGGAAUGGCUACCUCUAUGUUAUUCAGCUUCUUAUUGCACACAACGCGGACCCUACGAUAGCCGAUUCCCAAGGCUACAAUACUCUUCACCUCGUCACUCAUUCCUCUUCCAUCAUGCCCCUCCUGUAUCUCCUACAUCAACCAAUAAACGUCGACUCCAGAGAUGCGCAAGGUCAUACGUCUUUAAUGUGGGCGGCAUACCAGGGGGAUUCUUUAUCAGUCGAUCUACUGCUCAAGCAUGGCGCCAGUCCAACUACGAAGGAUGACGCUGGUCUUACGCCCUUGCACUGGGCCGUUGUUAGAGGGAAUCGACCGUCGAUACGGAAACUCAUUGAGAAGGGGGCUGAUAUCAAUGCAAAGGACGGAGAGGGUCGCACGCCUCGAGACAUGGCCGUGGAAUUGAAGAGCUUGGGUGCGUGGAAGCGUGCUUUGGAGGAAGGUGGCAUGAAUGAACACGGGGUAAAAAAGCCAAAACCUCUCAGUGACCGCAACACCAAGAUUGCUAUAUUCGUACUACCCACCAUAUUUUUCUAUCUAAUAUUUACCACUUUAAGCUGGCUUCCGUGGUAUACGGGAAUAAUACUUGCUAUGGCCGAAUUCUUUGGCAUGCACCAUAUUGUGACAAGAGUACUCCUUAACAAGAACACCUACACUGAUAGCGUUCAGCAGACGCCCUACUUCGCAGGGAUAAUAGCGGGGUCUAUGAUCUGGGUUCUGUAUUGUUGGGUAACUCGUUUGCUAAAUCAGACCGAGUCUCACGCUUUCACUCACUUGAGCUUCGGUCUAGCUGUGGGCCUUUGUGCUUAUAACUUCUUCCGCGCUAUCACAUUGGAUCCGGGUACAUGUCCGAAGCCUGCUAGUGACGGCGAGCUUAAGUCGAUUAUCGAGGAUCUCGCUUCUGAGGGCCGACUAAAUGGCCAGACGUUUUGCAUCCAGUGCAUGGCUCGAAAACCCCUACGAUCGAAGCAUUGCCGUGUGUGCGACCGCUGUAUCUCUCGGAGCGAUCAUCACUGCCCGUGGGUUUGGAAUUGCGUCGGCAUGAAUAACCAUCGCCAGUUCAUUCUCUUCGUGACGACGCUCGUGAUAGGGAUCAUAUUGUUUGAUUAUUUGACAUAUGCAUUCUUCUCUGGAAUCAGUGUGUCAAGUAGCCCUGCUGAUAUCUCACCCUCAUGCAUACUACCCGCUGAGCUGUGUGCCAUCACAGCGUACGACACGUUCCUCGUUUCCGUUGCAAUGUGGGCAACUCUCCAGCUGUCCUGGACGAUUGUCUUGCUCGCAAGUCAAUUCUGGCAAAUAGCACGACAAAUGACAACUCUUGAAGUGUCGAACCUUGGGCGGUAUGGAUUCAUGGGCGGUCGCGGUGGUUCCAGCCUUAGUGGCCAAGCAGGCCAUCGCCAUUCCCACCGUGGUGCUGAUACCGAAGAUACGGCACUGGUCAGCGACGCAGCUAGCUCGCAUACGCAUCACCAUGGCGCCCCAUGCGCCGGAUGCGGAAGUGGGUUCCUCAUGAACCUGCUUGGACUCGAUAGGUUUACCAAAGGCAAGGCUGUGGACGGCCUAGCACGCGCAAGUAAGGCGAGCAAUCCAUUUGACUUGGGCCUAGUUGGAAAUUGCAAGGACUUCUGGUCGGCUGGGCGGGAAUUAGGCGUUGAGUAUGAAAAACUUUAUGAUGUGCCUUUGGAAGGCUUCCGAGAAGCCAAGCGCCGCCGGGAACGGGAGGAUGCUGACGAAGAUAGGGUCUUAGGCGGGCGUAAAGGGUUACGGAAGACUCUCUUCAUGGGCCUCGGCUUGGGCAGUAGCAGUCGAGCUGGCUAUGAACCAGUUAGUCAGGUGUAG